UGACCGGGAAUCGAACUGAGACCUCCUGGUUCAUAGGUCCACGCUCAACCCCUGAGCCACGCUAGCUGGGCAUCAUAGUUUUUCCUUUCAAGAGCAGCUUCCUUUCUGAUUCCAUUUUUUUGUAGCAUCCAUUACUUGCCUUGUGGACACAAAGCCUUUCUUAUUUUUCUAAGGGUAUUGAUUAGAACCUUCUUGAGCUUUUCCUUGGCCCUCUGCAUUGUCUUCUGGGUUCCUUUACUGUUUGGGCAGAUUUCUGUCACUCUUUUCAGAGGUGUCCAAGUGUCUGGUGAUGCUUGGCUGAGCUUUCUCAGUAAGCAGGAGAGAGUAACCAGGGCGACAGAUAAGGGGGACUACGUACUUCCGCAAAGACCGUUUUCCAAAUAAAGUCCCAUUCACAAGUAUAGAGGUUAAGACUUAGACCUACAUUUUGGGGGUCACCAUUCAGCCCACUACACAACCUGUUCCCAAAAUAAAUUGCGGUGGCUCCCACUCCCAUGUCCUUUGUCUUCCUCGAGGGAGAGAUGUCCUCACAGGAUGCUUUGGGCAUGAUGCGGUGCUGGGCCCCACUACAGACUUGGAUCCAAGGAUCCCCUAGCCGCAGCCAGGUUCUCUGUCCUGCUUCAACUUCCUCUUGGUGGGAACAUGAGUCCCUGUGCUCCUGCUAAAGCAAUCACCCCUGGCCGCCGCUGAGCCAGCCGGACCAGGGCUUUCACCCCAUAGAAUUAUUUUCCAAAGAAACUGCAUCUGUUUUAAGCUUGUCUCCUUGGGAACCUCUGAAUCUCCCGAGCCCGUGGGCUGGGAGGCAAAUGCCUUUCAUUUGGUGGCAGGAAGUACCUGACUCCCAGCCAGAGUCAAAAAAGGAAAAUUUCUCCACCAAGAGCUGGAGGCAGCAUAGGCUGAGGCAGGAGCACAAGGCAGGCAGCAGCAUCCUACAGGUUGGUGGCAACUCCCGCUGCUCUUCUCAGAAUGGGCUGCCCCGGAAGGACGACCCUGUCUUUCUUGCUUAUUUUUGUGUCCGUAUACCUGCAUGGAGCUUUGUUGCAGGAAGCCGGCCCUACGGGGCAAAGAAAACCGUUUUUUGAGAGGCUCCGCAGACUGGAGGAACAGUUCCGGAGGUUCCAGGAGGUGACCCUAACACACCUGCAGGCCAUCGCCAGCAACUACAACCUGUCCUACAACAUCGACGCCCGCUUCCAGAGCUUGGCCCAGGAGAGCCAGGCCUUGGCUCUGGCCGUCAACCAGUCGCAGGCCACUGUGCAGGGCGACCUGGGCCACCUCAAGACCUGGAUUCGGAAGACACAGCGCAGAAGCCGGAAGGUGGACUCCCGGCUGCUGGCCUUGGGUGUCGCCCUGAGGGAGAGGAGCCAGCAGCUCGCCCAGGAGAGGAAGGAGCAGGCGGCGCAGCGGGAGGCACUGUCUAGCCUGGCCCUGGACAUGCGAGCCCUGCAGGACACGCUGGCUCGCCUGACGCACGUUGUCCAGAGCCAGGGCGCCAGGCUGGAUGCUCUCAAGGAGUGGCUUCCUGUGGCUUGCCCUGGCACCACACCCCCUGCCCGGCCUGCGCUGCCAAGCCAAAGCUCCCCAAAGCUGCAGGAGGGCAGGCAGGUGCUCAGAACUUCGCCUGAGCCCCUGGACCUACCUCGGGAUUUUGCUGGCCAUCUCCAGGGGACACGGGAGCCGCCAGGCCCAAACAGCCAGUGGGCACGGCGCCCUGAGAGACUGGGAGAAGUCUGCAACGUGGGCCCCGCGUUCGUCUUCCCAAACACCUCCACUGAGAACGUGGUCUUCCUCCGCCCCGGCUUCCUCGCCGGCCUGCGGGCCCUGUCUGUCUGCAGCUGGGUCCGGACAGCCUCGGGCCACCUGGGCACCCUCCUCUCCUACGCCACCGCCGAGAAUGACAACAAGCUGGUGCUGCACGGCCGCGACUCGCUGGUCCCUGGCUCCAUCCACUUUGUGAUUGGAGACCCGGCCUUCAGGGAGCUCCCUCUGCAGCCGCUGCUGGACGGCCAGUGGCACCAUGUGUGCGUCAUCUGGACGUCCCUCCUGGGCAGGUACUGGCUCCACGUGGACCGCAGGCUGGUCGCCACCGGCUCCCGCUUCAGGGAGGGCUAUGAGAUCCCCCCCGGGGGCUCCCUGGUGCUGGGCCAGGAGCAAGACAGCCUAGGGGGUGGGUUUGAUGGCUCUGAGGCCUUCGUGGGAAGCAUCGCUGGCCUAGCCAUUUGGGACCGUGCGCUGGUCCCCGGGGAAGUCUCACACCUUGCCACUGGCAAGGAGCUCCCGCCAGGCGCCAUCCUGACACUGGCCAGUGCCGCCCUGGUAGGUGGAUUUGUGCAGAGGGUGAACUGCACCUGCCUCGAGCUCUGCCCAUGAGGUAUCACCCCCCCCCCCUCGCCCCCCAGGAGCUGUGGUCAUGCUCUGGGCUGGCAAGAGGAGCAAGUCUCCAGCUGUGCUCAGCCAUCCCUGACCCCAGCACACUCCACGGAGGGUCCCCAUCCAGACUGGGGAGCGAGGGGCAGGAUGCUGCCACUGGGCCAGGCACACCUGGCACCUAACAUAGAAUGUGGGCAUCCCAUGGGUGGGGAGACAAAGCAACCGGGAGGGGGAGAGAGGGCGGCGGGCAGAGACACGAGUCAGGGUCCCUAAGAAUUGCAUUCUUUCCCUUGCGGCAGCAUCCUUACAGUUGCCCUCUGUAUGGUGUGCCAUGAUUUUAACAAGGCCGGACCAGGCCGAUGGGAGAGCGGGGCUCCCACGGGGCCUCUCCUCAGGGCGUGGGCUCGCUCCCAUUCAGGCUACUUCUGGGGAGAACUGUUUUCCCCGAAACUGCAUGGGCAGCAUGUGGACUGUCAUCGCCGUCUCUCAAGGUGGCUAUGGAAGUUUCCCUUUGCUGGUCCUUGUUCCAAAGCCUCAGGAAAAGGGCCAGAGAAUUCAUUGCCUGGCCCCCAACACCACAGCCUCCCAUUCACGGGGAGCCCUGGGGGUUCCCUCAAGGUCCUGUGAUGGCUGUUGAGGUUACCUAAGCCUCCAGGAGAGCGGCCCUGCAAGCAGCACAGUCUAUUCAGAAAUAAACACUCACGAUGGACGGGAAAUGCUUUUAAAUAAAGCAACUGUAUUGGGGUAGAAUCACAUACUAUAAAAUCCACUAAUUUGAAGCGUACAGCUCAAAGAUAUUUAGUAAAUUUUCCAAAUUAUGCCAUCAUCACCACAAUCCAGUUUUAGGACAUUUCUGUGGCUCCCUCCCCCUGAAAAAAUCAUGCCAAUUAGCGGUCACUCCUGACUCUAGCCAGCCCCUUCCCCCCAGCUCUGGAAACCCCUGAUAUGCUUUUGCGUCUGUGGACAUUUCAAAUAAAUGGAAUCCUGCAGGAGUUGUCCUGGUGAGUCUGGCUUCUUUCACUUAGCAAACGUUCUCCAGGUUCAUUCGUCUUGUAGUGCGUGUGUCAGUGCUUCGUUCCUUCCUAUGGCUCAGUAACAUCCUAUGGUGUUGGGCCAGUUUUGCUUAUCCA